AUGGGCGAAAGCGUCGAAGCCUUCAUGGAAGAGAUCCUCACUCUGCCGCGCUGCCUCCACCGCUCUCUUUCGCUGCUGCGGGACUUAGACAUAAAAAGCCUUCAAUGCGGGGCCGAGGCGGAGAGAAGACGCGGCAGAUACCUCGAGAUCGCCCGCGCGAAGCUGCACGCGCUCCACAGCAGCAGCAGCAGCAGCAGCAGCAGCAGCAGCGACUGCCCUGCGGUGCCCGAGGGCUUUUACGAGGACCCCGAGCUGCAGGCCGAAGCAGCAGCAGCAGCAGUUAAGGGCCGCGAGGCCCACGCGCUGAUGCACGAAAAGAUUGUGGUGGUGGAGCAGCUGCUGAAGCUGAUAAGAACAGAAGCAGCAGUUUUCAGAGCUUCUCUUUCCAAGUGCGUCAAAGACAUCAAGUGCGAGUCUGCUGCUGCUGGCAGCAGGCCGGAGACUGUGCUUUCCUUUUCGGGCAAGCCCGAGGGCAGCAGCAGCAGCAGCAACAGCAAGAGAGGCAACUCCAGCGACGCAGCAGCAGCAGCGCCAGCAGCAGCAGCAGCAGCAGCGCAGCCAGUCCGCCUCGGCGCUCUCUCGCUGCUGCCGAAUUACCCCCCCAAGUCUUACGGCUGCGGGCCAGUUAAAAACCCCCCUUCCGAGAAGCAGACCAGCAGCACAGCAGCAGCAGCAGCAGCAGCAGCAGCAGCAGCAGCAGCAGCAGGAACAGCUCUUGCUGCUCCAGCGCCCGCCGCCGCCUCCCUCCCUGCAACUUCGGCUGGGAGAGUCUUGCGGCCACCCAAAAAGAACUCGCUUCGCAGCAGCAGCAGCAGCAGCAGCAGCAGCAGCAGCAGCAGCAGCGCAGCAGCAGAUGGUGCAUGCCGCAGUGCAAAGCGGCAGAGACCCAGCCCCGGCGGCCUCCCAGUAAAAAAGAAUCUGUCCAAAGAAGCAGCAGCAGCAGCAACAGUAGCAGCAGCAGCAGCAGCAGCAGCAGCAGCAGCAGACGCAGAGGAAGUAGAGCCCGGCGCUGCCGUGCUGCUCUCUUCUGCUGCUUUCCCUUUGCCGCAGCAGGACCUUUCUGCUGCUGCUCUAGCAAGGCGCGUUAGACACGCUGCUGCUGCUGAUGCUGCUGCUGCUGCUGCAGCUCCUGCUGCUGCUGCUGCAGUGAAACAAGCAGAUGUGCGAACCCCCGCAGCCCCCGAGCGCUUCGCACUGGACACCAGCAGCAGCAGCAGCAGCAGCAGCAGCAGCAGCAGCAGCAGCAGACCAGCUAGGACUGUAGUCAGUCGGUUUAGAAGGGUUAAAGAGCCUAUUGCGGAGGACAUUCCUGCUGCUGCAGCACCUGCUGCUGCAGCUGCUGCUGCAUCUGAGGCUGUUGCUGCUGCAUUGCCGACAGCCUUUCAAGCAAUAAAGGAGGAGCCAGCAGCAGCAGCAGCAGCAGCAGCAGCUGGCGAUGCUGCACACGUGGGCUCCUGCCUGCUGCCCCAGCGGCAGAAGCAGCCGCAGCAGCUGCUGCUGCUGCCGCAGCAGCAGCUGCAGCAGCAGCAGCUGCAGCAGCAGCAGCAGCAGCAGCAGCAGCUGUGCGCGCCCGUAAAGUCAAAGCGCUGCCGCGAAAAGGCAGCAAAUAAAACCCCAGCAAAGCCGGCCAGCGGCUUUCCUCUUGAAGAAUAA